UCCUCGGAAGGGACAAAACAGACUCAGUCGGAGUGAUCAUACAGAGCCUCGACCUCUCCCUUGCGACGUGAAGUUAGCAUUUAGCUAUUUGACUGGCUAGCUACCGUACAGAGGUCAUCGGACUUUGAUCAGAAUGGGGGUGAAAGACCGGCCUCAGUGUUACUUUGAUGUGGAGCUCAACCGGGAGCCAGUUGGGCGCAUAGUCUUCCAACUUUUUUCAGAUGUUUGUCCCAAGACAAGCAAAAACUUUCUCUGUCUGUGCACAGGUGAAAAGGGAACUGGCAAAAUCACAGGGAAAAAGCUGUGCUACAAAGGCUCCACUUUUCACAGAGUUGUAAAGAACUUUAUGGUCCAGGGAGGCGACUUCACUGAAGGAAAUGGAAGAGGGGGAGAGUCCAUAUACGGCGGCUACUUUGAAGAUGAGAACUUCAUUCUCAAACACGACAGAGCCUUCCUGUUGUCGAUGGCCAAUCGCGGGAAGGACACCAACGGUUCCCAGUUCUUCAUCACAACCAAGACGGCACCUCACCUCGAUGGCGUCCACGUCGUCUUUGGUGUCAUCAUCUCCGGCUUUGAAGUGAUAAAGAAGGUUGAAGGGCUGAAGACCGACUCAGCCAGUAGACCCUACGCUGACGUCAGAGUGAUGGACUGUGGACAACUUUUCACCAAGUCCGCUAAUGAUGUACUUGAAGGCAAAAGGAAAAGGGCUUCCCGUUCGGCUGACUCGUCCCUCCAUACCCAUGACUCGUCCUCGCCACCUUCCUGCUCAGUGGGCUCUGAAAGCGAAUCCGAUGAAAGGUACAAACUACGCAAGCCCAAGAGGCAUGCAAAGAGUAAACGUUCUAAAAGGAAAAGGAGGGAAUCGAAGAAGGACAUUGAUGUUUGGCCCGCCAAUCAAAGCUCUCCCAGUCCUGUGGAAAGAGAGACGCUGGAGGAGGACGGUGAAGUGGAGCAGGAGCCGAGUGGGAGGAGAGAGAAGCCUGUAGUCCGACCGGAGGAAAUCCCACCGGUGCCUGAGAACCGCUUCUUGCUGCGUCGGGGAAUGCCGUCCCAGGAAGAAAAAACAGAGAUAGUUGAGAAAGAAGAACAGUCUGUGUCAACUGACCCGAAACCAGCAGUGUCCAAGUCUGGACGCAAGAUCAAAGGCAGAGGAACAAUGCGAUAUCAUACCCCCACAAGGUCUAAAUCGCGCUCUGCAUCCGUGGAAGAACGUAGGAGCAGUGAAACCCCACCACACUGGAAAGAAGAGAUGAAGAGAACCAAAGUGUACCAACCGCCGAGCAUUGAGAGGUGGAGCAAAGGAGACAAAUUAAAUUACCUUUCCUCAAGCAGAUGGGAGGACAGAAGUGACUCUGCGUGGUCCCGGUCUGCACAGCACUCCUCGGACCGAAGCUCUCAGAGGUCCAGCCUGCGCCGCCAACAGAUGAAAGAGAAGAAGAAAGCCAAACGCAAGAAGAAGGCCAAAAAACGGAAGCACGACAAGAAGAAGAGCUGCGAGAGCAAACCUGAAGAGCCUAUCCUGCCAGUGGGUCGAAGGUCAGUGUCUUCAGAGAUGAAGUCCAGAAGAUCCCGCUCUCUAACUCGCUCCUCAUCAAAUCCGAAUAAUUCGCCAGCCUGGAGACGGCAGUCCCCGCUGUCCUUCAGAGACUCACGGUCCUAUUCUAGAUCCUACACACCGAGUCGGUCCAGGUCUAAAGGGAGGUCAAGGUCAUAUUCAAGAUCCAGAAGCCUUUCGAGGUCCAGAGGCCGGUCUUUGUCUAGAUCCAGAUCUCGGUCCUAUUCUCGAUCCCAAUCCAGGUCAAGAUCAAGAUCCCAGUACAGAUCUAGAUCUUUGUCUCCACCCAGAAAAAAAAGUUUAUCCCGAUCGCCGAGAAAGAGGAACGUCAGCAAGCACAAAGCGGACUCCGGGAUGUCCGGGAAGCUUCCAGAGAGCAAAGUCCCGGCCGCCCCAAGACCCCCGAGUGUCCCGGCUCCUGAAAGCGCCCCAGUGAUCCCAAUGAGCGACAGUCCCCCACCCUCACGCUGGAAACCUGAUCAAAAGCCCUGGAGACCCUCUUACAUCCACACUCAGGAGAUUAAAGCUAAAGUAGCUCCCAGCUCCCCUACUGGUCAAACAGCAGCAGGUCUUACAGAAAGAGCUCAGACACCAAAGUGCCUGCCUGGGGACUCUGAAAGGCACAAAGCUGCGGGGCGCUCACUCAGCAGGUCCUCCAGGAGCAGGUCCUACAGCCGCUCAUACAGUCGCUCAAGGAGCAGAAGUUACAGUAGAUCCAGGUCCAGAUCCCCUCGUAAUUAUAAAAGCAGAUCAUCGUCCUACAGCAGGUCAAACUCUGAAAACUCCCAGAACACGAGCAGCCACAAGAAGAGUACUCUAGGCAAGGAAUGGAAAGCGUAUUACAGCUCCCUGAGCAGGAUCAAAAAUGUAGAUAAGUACAUCUCGACCCACAGUAUUCAAGAUGCUCUGCCAGGCUCUGAGAAGACGGCGAGCUGUGAGCCUGGUCCUGAUGCCAGUGACUCGAGGAGAGGUGGCUCUUCGGAGAAAAUGAGAGGCAGCGGCAGCUCACAGGGCGAAGAAACAAAGCACUGCGGCGCUGUGCUGGUAGAGCGCUUUAAUAGCAAGUCCGAAUGGGAUAGUGACAGCGACAAAGUCAGCCGGAGCAACAGUGCUACCCUGACAAGAAAGCAGAAACAAGCAGGUCGGUCCGAUAAAACUGUUGACAAGAAGCUGUCUGCUCUUACUGGAUGGAAUUCCGAAAGUGAUUGUGAAAAUAUAACUGCCAAGACAUUGGCCAUAUCUGAAAAGGAGGAAGGGGAGGCGAGUUCAGAAUCUGAAUGUGAGACGUCCAGAAAGUCGUCCGAGGCCCUGAUGGCACAGGCUCCAGUAGCUGCUUCUAGUAGGCCGGAGGAAAGCACGGAGAAAGCCCCGCAGCCAGAGAAGCACAAGAGCAAGAAGAAGUCCAAACGUAAGUGUAGACACAAGAGAAGAAGUGUGAACAAAAUCUGCUCCCAUCACCGAAAGGACAAAGGAAAGAGAUCCAAGAGGAAACAGCAGAGGCUCAAAGAGACUUUUCACUGGCAGCCUCCGUUGGAGUUUGGUGAGGAGGAAGAAGAGGAUGAAUCAAAACGAGAGAAGCCUGGCGGAGCUCUGAAAGAACGGCCCGCUGUGGGCAGCAUGGAUGAGAGAUGCUCCUCUUUAAACAAGAUUCGUAAUGCAGAAAAAGACAAAACAGAAAAAUGUAUCAAAAAAAGGCCGAAACACGCUGAACUUCACCUUCAGUCGUCCAAGAGGAACGGGGAGAAUUUACCCAGCGUGAAAGAGCAAGAGUCCUUGGAUGAUAUGGACAUUUGCACCCCAGAUCACGACGCUGAGAUUGUCGAGCAUCCUGCCGCACAGGACUUGUGUGACCGCGCGUUAACCCUCAGAGCUACCUCGCGGCCCUCCGAUGUGCCGAGUCGAGGCGGUGCUUUACGCGAGGAACCGCCGCCUGUUGCCUCCGCAACUUCAUCCGCUGGACUUCGAUACGAAGCGCCCGCCGGCAGACCUGCUGCAGCCGCGCUCGGCUUCAAAUGGAGGCCUCUGAAAGGAACGUCGGCUCUCCGGGACGCAGACGCGCUGCCGCUCGCCGCCCAAAGGGUCCAACUUCAGAAGACCCCCGACGCGCAGAGCGUGAGGAUGGAGAUCAAGAGCACGAGCCGCGUGCGACCGGGAUCUCUGUUCGACGAGGUCCGCAAGACGGCGCGGCUCAACCAGAGGCCCAGGAACCAGGAGAGCUCCAGCGAGGAGCGGUCCGCCUCCGGGGGAAGUACGCGCUCCCCGAAGAAAUCCCGCUCGGCCUCCAGCCGCCGGUCCCGCUCCAGAGGCUGGUCCCGCUCCUACAGCAGGUCCAGGAGUCGAUCCCGCAGCUCCAGCUACACCUCCAGGAGCCGCAGCCGGAGUCGCAGGAGACGUGGAAGAGGGCAGUCGCGCUCUCGUAGCAGAACAUACCGGAGCUACGGGAGUCACAGUCGGGCGUCCAGUAGUCAUUCCAGAAGUCGCUCCUAUGGCCGCCGUCGGAGAUCCAGGUCGGACUCCUACGACAGCUACUCCAGCCGGAGCGCGAGCAGGAGACGACGGCGCAGGCACAGCGACAGCUACAGGAGCUCCGACCGCCGAACCCGGUCGUACCGCUCCUCCAGCAGCAGCUCCUCCGGCCGCAGUCGAAGCAGUCGGUACAGUUGAGCCUCGGGCAGGUUGUUGCCGUCGAAGCUGCCGAGAGGGAUCGAACGCGCCGCCACUCAGCGGCUGUCACGAGAAAAAAGUGCCCGUUCAAUUCUCUACUGUACGACCGUCUCAAGGAAUGUUAUGGAACGUGAAUAAAGAAACCACUUUAUGAGCAGAUCUUCUUACAAGUGAGAACUACAACCUAGAAGUAAAAACAAUUUAUAUGGGAAAAAUAAAGAUAUAUGUAUUUUAUAUUGCAUAUUUGUAUAUUAUUUUGCUAGUUACGUUUUUUUCUACACUGAAAUGUACAAGUAUACUGUAAGUGGUCAGUCCUCCCAGUUCUGACGUAUACGCUGAGUUCAUGCCUUAAAUUCAGUCUUUUAUUGCUGAAAAAGGCCGUUGUUCAAUAGAGGAAAUUAUUUUGUUCUAAAUGUUUUAUUGGAUCGUGAAUGUUAAAAGCUGUACUCAAAGUUUAAUACGUUUAUUCAAACAGUUACAUGAAUGUUUACACGUAAUAAAUACCACAACUUAAGUCUAUGUUGUUGUUCUUUUAUCUUCAUAUCCACUGGAUAAGUGUUGAGAUGUUGGUUUCUGGAGAAUAUUUACCUCCGUAAUGCUUCUUGCUUUCAAGCUGCAGCUUCUCUGUAAGUGAGAUCGAUACAGUGUUGCACUGUAAAGUCUUAAUCCCUGCUGAUUUGAAUUGCAUGAAUUAUAUCAUGUAAAAUGCUACUAAUGUACUUACCAAAUGUUUUUUGUAUAAUGGGAACAAAUUCGGUGGAUUUUAUUACAUGUCAAACAUUUAGACAGACUAUUAGAGAUGUCCAACCUUUGAAAGACAAAUGGAUCAAAAGAGGACGAGCACUUUUACUGAGGAAAUCAUUCCAGUUUCUUUCAUCACGGAUGUCUCUAUUCUGUCCACUCUUCUUUUUUCACAGGCCUCAAAAAGCCUUUUUUAAAAUCUCUUUCUAUAGAUGAAGUCUGGUUUAUGUUGCCUUGAAGGCGGUCCCUUCAUGUGAAUAAAUGUCCUUGUAAGUGUG